AGCGAUGGAACUGGAGGAUUCAUUGUAUCCACUGCUAAGGGAAGUCAGCAUCGGCAUAGAUCCUUAUGUGAUCUUCAAAGAUGCAGAUUGGGCCCUUCUAAUUGGGGCCAAACCCAGAGGACCUGGAGUGGAACGAGCUGCCAUACUAGAUAUCAAUGGUCAAAUCUUUGCUGAACAGGGGAAAGCACUUAACGCUGUGGCAUCUCGGAAUGUGAAAGUCAUAGUUGUUGGGAACCCCUGUAACACUAAUGCUUUGAUCUGCUUGAAAAAUGCUCCCAACCUACCAGCAAAAAACUUUCAUGCACUGACAAGGUUGGAUGAAAAUAGAGCCAAGUUUCAGCUAGCGUUACAAGCUGGUGUGUUUUAUGACAAAGUAUCAAAUAUGACUAUCUGGGGAAACCAUUCAACAAAUCAGGUUCCUGAUUUCUUGAAUGCCAAAAUUAAUGGGAGGCCAGUAAAAGAAGUCAUCAAAGAUACAAAGUGGCUAGAAGAGGAUUUCACUAUAACAGUUCAAAGGCGUGGAGGUGUGCUCAUCGAAAAAUGGGGCAGAUCUUCAGCUGCGUCAACCGCUGUUUCCAUCGCCCACGCCAUGAGGUCCCUUGUGACUCCUUCCCCAGAAGGGGACUGGUUCUCUACAGGGGUUUAUACGACCGGAAAUCCUUAUGGCAUAGCAGACGACCUCGUAUUCAGCAUGCCGUGUAGAUCAAAGGGUGAUGGCGACUAUGAACUAGUUCAAGAUGUGGCAAUGGACAAUUUUCUCUGGGGGCGGAUAAAAAAGAGUGAAGCAGAAUUGAUCGCCGAGAAAAGAUGUGUUGCCCAUCUUACUGGGGAGGGUAAUGCAUUUUGUGAUCUUCCUGCGGAUACAAUGCUUCCAGGAGAGAUGUAGUUCCACUGCUAUCGGUCUUGCUAGCAAUCUGCCAAUGGCCACCCGUCUAUGUUAUUCUGUUAUUAGAAGGGUGACAACAUUCCCAACAGGAAGAACGAUAGUUGCAAGAAACGACUGCCUGCAGGCUGUUGCAGCUAUUUUCUUCUGUAAGCACGCAGACUUUUGUCGUGCACUAGUGUUUCAGGGACAAAAUAA